AACGCUCGUUCCACUCGCAUACAGUCAGACGGAAAUAUCUUAAAUGUAUGCCGUCUUGCACGCUCGGGAAUAGCGGAUUCAAGUGACAGGGUGCCGUAUCCCCGGUAGCAUGUAGUACAUUAAUAGUGAGCUUCGUUCUUCGGAACUCAGUCUGUGGUGCGAGGUGCUGGAAGUACGGAAGUACGAACACUAUGACGAAACAUUUGAUAUCAGUCGCGUCGGUGCUGGUCGUGGCUGUUUUACAUCAUGUAUGGGCAUCAAGGAUCCUGGCCAUAUGUCCAUCGAGUUCGAUCAGCCAUCAAAUCGUGUUUCGUGGGCUGACAAUGGCUCUGAGGGAGCGAGGCCACGAGCUUGUCGUCGUAACGACGGACCCAGUCGACGACCCGGCCUUGAAAAACUACACCGAGAUAAGCAUCAACUUUCUAUACAAGGACUUUAUUCAACAUGUGGAUUGGGUUACUAACCGGGAACACGAAACCUGGUUCGACGUAGUUGCCAAUUGGACUCCCGCGUUCAAGUCGCAGGCUGAUCGCAUCCUCAACCUACCAGAACUCAGGAACCUCUACGCACCGGAUAGUGGGGAAAAGUUUGACCUACUAAUUAUCGAGGCGUUUUAUUGGCCUGUAUUUUUACCACUCGGUAAACGAUUUGACGUUCCAGUUAUAGGUCUAACGUCUCUGGGGUUGACUACCAAUAUUCAUUACGCAAUUGGUAAUCCAGUACUGUCCUCUCAUCCGUCACACUGGGACGCUGGGAAGGCUGUGCUGGGAGAGUUGACGCUGUGGCAAAGACUAAAGAAUUUCGUGAGGAUAUGGAGAUAUCUGUACCAUUACCAAAGCGCUAUCAUUUCGACGCAACAGGAGGUAGCAUGGAAAUAUUUUGGAAAUGAUGUACCUGAUCUCCGAGAUCUUGAAAAAAACAUCAGCUUGAUUUUCGUUAAUCAGCAAGCGCCCAUUUCAUACCUCAGACCUAAUACUCCCAGGAUUAUUGAAAUUGGUGGAUUCCACGUCUCGAAGCAGGUGAAACCUCUCUCGAAGGAUCUUCAGAGGACCUUAGACAAAGCCACGCAAGGUUUCAUAUACAUGAGCCUUGGAUCAAAUGUCAAAAGUUCCAUGUUGAGUAAUGAAAUACGAGAUGAAUUCAUCGCAACAUUUUCAAAAUUGCCCUACACCGUUAUCUGGAAAUACGAGGAUGAGUUUCUUCCCGGCCUGCCAGAGAACGUGAUAAUCAUGAAGUGGACCCCGCAGCAGUCUAUUUUAGCGCAUCCGAAUAUAAAAGCUUUCAUAUACCAAGGAGGUCUACAAAGUACAGAGGAAGCGAUUUCUCACAUCGUUCCCGUUAUCGGGUUACCAGUAUUUGCUGACCAGGACAUGAUGGUGGAGAAAAUGGUGUCUUUAGGAGUUGGGAAAAAGUUGGAAAUCCUUACUCUGAACAGGGCAGAUUUACUCGAAGCGAUACACUCAGUUGUACAGGACAGCAGCUACAAGCAACGUAUGCUGAAUUUGCGUGACUUGCUGAAAGAUAAGCCGUACGAUUCGUUGGAGAACGCGAUUUGGUGGACGGAACACGUGAUACGUCACAAGGGUGCCCCUUAUCUGCACUCUACGACAGCCGACGAUCCCUGGUAUCAGCGGCAAGACAUGGACUUGAUUUUCAUUAUUUCAACUGUGAUUUUGAUAGCUUUCAGUAUAACAUUAGUUGUAUUACAUAAGUUGAUGGUUCGCAGUAUUCGUGUGCUUAAACAUCGGUUGCCCGACCGCAAAAAGCACAAAGCAUAUUGUCAUCAAAUUGCAUUUCGAGGAUUGACGCUGGCGUUGAGGGAGCGAGGUCACGAGCUCGUUGUAGUCACUCCUAACCCGAUCAACGACCCAACCCUGAAGAACUACACGGAGAUAGAUGUGAGCUUCGUGUAUGAACACCUCAGAUUGGAUUGGAUAUCUGUUGUAAAAAAGUACACGUGGUGGGACUUUGUCAUGAAAUCAACACCGAAAUUUUUGAUGAUAACUGAAGGCAUCCUCAGCCAUCCAGAACUGCAGAAAUUGUACGAACCGGAAAGUGGAGAAACGUUUGAUUUGUUACUAUUUGAGACAAUUCGAUGGCCUGCUCUUCUGCUUCUUGCUAAGCGAUUCGAAAUUCCAGUCAUAGGAAUUACGUCACUGAGUCCGACUAACCAAGUGCACUAUCAGUUUGGCAAUCCUAUAAUGCCUUCUCAGCCGCCAUAUUCGAACGGCAGAGGAAUAGGCUUGGAAAAGUUGACAUUUUGGCAAAGACUAUGCAACUUUGUACAGACGUGGAGAUUUCUGUUUCACUACAGAACAACGUACAUGCAGAUGCAGCAGGAAAUUGCGAGAAAAUAUUUUGGAAACGAUAUUCCGGAUCUUUGUGACUUGGAAAAAAAUGUCAGUUUGGUUUUCGCCAACCAACAGGCACCAAUUUCAUACGUCCGUCCGAAUGUUCCCAAGAUAAUCGAUAUUGGUGGAUUGCACAUUUCGGAUCGGCUCGAGCCUCUAUCAAAGGACCUUCGGAUGAUUUUGGACGAAGCAACCCAAGGCUUCGUAUACAUGAGCCUUGGAACAAACACCAAAAGUGCUUCGUUAAGUAACGAAAUGCGGGGCGAAUUUAUUGCUGCGUUUUCGGAAAUGCCCUACACCGUUAUUUGGAAAUAUGAAGACGACCUUCUUCCGGGUCAGCCGGACAACGUCCAUACCAUGAAAUGGAUUCCACAACAGUCAGUCCUGGCGCAUCCCAACAUCAAAGUUUUCAUAUACCAAGGAGGACUUCAGAGUACAGAGGAGGCGAUUUUUCAUGCUGUUCCUGUGAUCGGAUUACCAGUUCUCGGUGAUCAAAUACCAAAUAUCGACAAGAUUGUCUCUCUUGGAGUCGGUAAGAAGCUGGACAUCUCCAGCGUCGACCGAUUCGACCUAGUGGAAGCGAUACAAUCCAUCGUGCGCGAUGACAGCUACAAGCGAAGCAUGCGGAAAUUGCGGGACUUGGUGAAAGACAAGCCGUACGAUUCGUUGGAAAACGCGGUUUGGUGGACGGAACACGUGAUACGUCACAAAGGUGCUCCUCAUCUCCAUUCGACGACAGCCGACGAUCCUUGGUAUCAGCGACAAGACAUGGACUUGAUUUUUUUGAUCACUACUAUUAUAUGGACAGCUCUUAGUAUAGCACUAGGAGUCUCAUACGAACUGUUAGCUUACGGCAUUCAUUCCCUCAAUCGUCAGCACUUGAUUAGGAAAAAGGAAAAAGUGUAUUAA